AUGCGAUACCUUUUUGUGUUUUCCCUGGCCAUCCUGGCCACUCUUGUGCCCCUGGCCACAGCGCAAUCCUCCUCGUCGAGCACCAGCAGCUCCGCUUCAAGCAGCACGGAAGCAGCAACCACCACGGAGGCGGUGACAACUGCCUCCACGGAGGCAGUAACCACGGACACUGCAUCAACCACGGCCCCGGUAUCAACCCCCGGCCUCGCCGUCCCCGUCCCAAUAAUUGUGGCUGUGGACGAGGUGGCAGAGGACGUCACGAGGGCGGUCGUGGAUGGGGCAGGCGGGGAGGUUAUGACGGCGAAAGAGGAGGAGGACGCAGAGGCGGCGGCCGCAGUGGAGGCGGUAGACGCAGUGGAGGCGGACGCUCUAAUGGUCGCUCCAGUAGUCGUGGAUCUAAUGCAAGGCGUGGCCAGAGAUCCAAUCGCGGCUAAGUGA